AUGAAUACCUACGAUUGGUCGAAUGAAGUUGUCAAUGCCUCGUGGUGGGCUCGAUGGUAGGCUGAUCCCAAAACCAGUCAAAUUGAGCAUUGGGCCGAAUGGGAAUUCUGGCCAUCAAAUAAGAGCAACUUCGUUUGCGAUACAAAAAAUAACGUUUACCAAGUAAGAUCUAUGAGGUGUUUACACAAUUUUGAGCCUUGAGAUAACUCGCUAACUUUGAACCAGUGGGGCUUCACAUAUGAAUGGUUUGUAGUCGUAGUUGGUGCCAAUUCCAUCUGGCUUUUUGGGAUGUACGUUCUCUGGAUGGAAUGCCAAUUCAAUAGCGAGUUAUGCAAGAAGAAGCGCCAUCUCGGGAUCUGGCGAGCUAUUGCUGAUCUCUCCGAAGCUAUGAGAGAGGACCUAGGGUCGGAUGUCUGUGCCUAUUCAAAUAAGGAGAUCGCUAGAGUUUUGAAGAAGAGGCCCCCGAUUAAGUAUUAUGUCGAGGACGAUUACAAAAGUGAAGCGGCACAUAUUGGACUAUCUUCUAGACCUUCUGGUCAAGUCCUACUGAGGUGGGAUCGGAUUUAUGCCGGGAAGAAGGAGAAGGAGCAUUGAAGUUGAUAAUUUAUGUUAUUACACGGCAGUGGAGAAGAAGUCACUUUCUUCAUUCCGCUCUUAUAACCUCUGCCGAAACUAUGGUUUCGACUUGGCUUGAGCUCCGAGGAAUGAAUGGAUUCGACGAAAGGAAAAAGGCAUGAGAAGACGCACCCCAAUAGCACAUCUUCAUCAAUAUAGAAAUCAUCGGCUUUCUAAAAUCCUCAGAUUCAU